AGCUAGCUGGCUUCAUAGAGGAUCGAGUAUAUCAGCUAAUGGAAGAAGGAGCACCAGCGUCCACAAGCCAGACGACAGAGGCAGCACCGGCGAGCACCCCGGCUACAGCGGGCAGCAUGGCGAACACGGCGUUUAAGAGCCUUGGCGACGUGCUCAUGGUGCUGCCGACGUCCACGGUUAUCGUGUACGAGGUGCUGAACCCGAUCGUGACCAACACCGGCGUGUGCAGCGUGGCGAACAAGGUUGUCACGGCGGUGCUCCUCUCGCUCUGCGCCUUCUCGUGCGCCUUCUCGGCCUUCACCGACAGCUACAUCGGCGCCGACGGCAAGGUCAGGUAUGGCAUCGCGACGGUCAGGGGUCUCGUGCCGAUCAGCGGCGGCGACGACACUGACGGCGAGGGGAGGGACUUCUCCAAGUACAGGCUGCGGCUUGCAGACUUCGCGCACGCCCUCUUCUCGGUGAUAGUGUUCGCGGCCGUGGCGCUGCUGGCCGACGCCAACACAGUGGCGUGCUUCUACCCACGGCUCAUGGCGCAGCAGAAGGCGCUGGUCACGGCGCUGCCCGUCGUCAUCGGCGCCCUCGCCAGCGGGUUCUUCGUCGUCUUCCCCUCCACGCGCCACGGGAUCGGGUACCCGCCGAUGAAGCCUGCCGCAACCGCGCUGGCGUCGCAGUAGCUAGGCCGGUGGUGACCUCGAUGGCGAUGCGCUGCCGUGCCGUGUGGUAUGUUUGUCUGUGUUUUGUACAGCGCGUGCACCUGUGCGUGUAAAUGUGCCGUUCGAUCUGCUUGCAUCUGUUAUGGAUUUGUUGUCAAUAUUUUCUGGAUGAAUAGUUGAUCUUUGUUGACUUUGUUUGAUUGGUAUCGUGAUGUUCAAUUCUUCAUGUCAAA